AUCAAAGCGGGCGUCGUUGGGGCGACGGGAGGACCGCAGUGGGGACUGCGGGGCGUACGAGAGCGGUGGCCGGCGCUGACGGGGAUAUUGAGGCCCGCAAAGGGCACGGAUUGGGACCUAGCUCCGUAACAACUCCCCCGACAUGCAGGGCAGCACGAGAAGAGUGGGUGUUAUGACGGAUGUCCAUCGGCGCUUCCUCCAGCUGCUGAUGACUCACGGUGUGCUGGAGGAGUGGGAGGUUAGGCGCCUGCAGAACCACUGUUACAAGGUCCAUGACCGAAAUGCUACCGUAGAUAAGCUGGAGGACUUCAUCAACAAUAUCAACAGUGUCUUGGAGUCCUUGUAUAUUGAAAUAAAGAAAGGAGUCACGGAAGACGACGGGAGACCCAUCUAUGCUCUGGUGAAUCUUGCUACAACUUCAGUUUCCAAAAUGGCCACGGAUUUUGCAGAGAAUGAGCUGGACCUGUUUAGGAAGGCUCUGGAACUGAUCGUUGACUCAGAGACUGGCUUUGCUUCUUCUACAAACAUUUUGAACCUGGUUGAUCAACUCAAAGGCAAAAAGAUGAGGAAGAAAGAGGCGGAGCAGGUGUUGCAGAAGUUCGUGCAGAGCAAGUGGCUGAUUGAGAAAGAGGGGGAGUUCACCUUGCAUGGCCGGGCCAUCUUGGAGAUGGAGCAGUUCAUCCGAGAGACCUACCCGGAUGCCGUGAAGAUAUGCAACAUCUGCCACGGCCUCCUCAUCCAGGGUCAGAGCUGCGAGACUUGUGGUAUUAGGAUGCAUUUGCCUUGUGUGGCCAAGUACUUCCAGUCCACCUCUGAACCACGCUGCCCCCACUGCAAUGACUACUGGCCCCAUCACAUACCAGAAGUCUUCGACCCUGAGAAGGAGAGGGAGGCUGGCAUCUCCAGGUCGAGCAGAAAGUCCUUGCGGACCCGUCAGCACUAGCUGUGUCCUGCAUGGCUCUGGCUGUUGGACUGAUCCUCACGACCCAUUCAGACCAGGGGCCUGGCACAUGAAUUGCCUCCCUUGUUGAUAUUUGUUCUUAACAUAUUUUUAGUAAAUGUUUCCUAAUGGUUGCUGUA